GGAAAGCUCUAUCGGAAGGAAAUACACCUUUUUGUUCGUAAUAAACGUUGCUCAACUUAUUGUAUUGACCAGUGACAUAGGCGUGGCUGGUUCUAUAAGUUUAAAAUCGCAUAUUAUAUCACAGGAAGGAGGGUUUCCUCUGAUAAUUCUCUUCUCCUUUUUGAGGCUCAUAUUUCAUGUUUUUGUGUUUAUGCAAUUUCUUACUCGAACUCUUCUUCGGCCUGUCCCUACGAUGCCCCCUAGGUCUUUCGAAGAGGAGCCUAUUGCGGUAUGUGGGCUUUCUCUGAAGUUUCCGCAAGAUGCCUCCUCAGAAAAGGAUUUCUGGACUAUGAUUCUAAACAAGCGGAGUGCAAUGACGACGUUCCCUCCGGACCGCCUAAAUGUAGACGCAUUCCAUCACCCUACUCAGCGCCAUGCCCUCCGUACACGGGGUGCUCACUUCAUCAAGGAGGACCUUGGAGUGUUUGAUGCCAACUUUUUCUCGCUAACUCCUACGGAAGCUUCUGCUAUGGACCCGAUGCAACGCAUUCUGCUUGAGACAACAUACAAAGCGUUCGAAAAUGCUGGUAUACGACUUGAAGACGUAAAGGGUUCAAGAUCUUCUGUUCACACGGGUUGCUUCACAAACGACUAUCUACAACUGAUACUAAAAGACUCUGAAAGGCUUCCCCCAUAUGCAGCAGUUGGAGCUACACAAUCCAUGCUAGCAAAUCGACUAAGCUGGUUCUUUGAUCUCCGCGGACCUUCAGUUAACUUGGACUCGGCUUGUUCAAGUAGUGCGAUGGCUGUCGACCUUUCUUGUCAGUUAUUGCUCGGCGGUGUUACUGAUAUGGGUGUUGUCGCUGGCUGCAAUUUGCUACUAGACCCUGAUUACAGUACUAUCCUGAGCAACAUGCAAAUGCUAUCUCCUGAUGGUCGAUGCUUUACCUUUGAUCAUCGUGCGAACGGGUAUUCUCGCGGUGAAGGUGUCGCGGUUGUCAUACUAAAGCGUCUUUCCGAUGCACUUCGCGACAACGAUACCAUACGAGCUAUCAUAAGGUCUACCGGUACUAAUCAAGAUGGUCGAACGCCUGGAAUCACCCAACCUGACCUCAAAGCUCAGGCUCAACUAAUCCGCGAAACAUACAAACGAGCGAACUUAAGCAUGGAACAUACGCGGUUCUUUGAGGCACACGGAACGGGAACAGCAAUUGGAGACCCAAUAGAGAUUGGUGCCAUUGCAGAUUGUUUCCAUAAGCAUCGCAACUCCUCCGACCCCCUUUAUGUUGGCUCUGUCAAAACAAAUAUCGGUCAUCUUGAAGGCGCCAGCGGUAUUGCAGGGUUGAUUAAAGCAAUCCUCGCCGUAGAGUCCGGCAUAAUACCACCAAAUACAAAUUUUGAAUCGUUAAAUAGAAAGCUUGCGUCUUACGACUACGUGAUAACUCUGCCGACGGAGCCAAUAGCUUGGCCUCCUUGCGAGGUCCGAAGGGCGUCUAUCAAUUCCUUCGGAUAUGGCGGGACAAACUCUCAUGUCGUUAUCGACGACGUUUCUAGUUACCUGAGACAUAAAGGUUUAGUAGGGAACUUUAGAACGUCUAAUCCAUACUUCCGGGCCAAGAAGCUUCUCUGCUCAACGACCAUAGAAGGAUUUCCAAAGCUUCUUGUUUGGUCUGCUUCUACCACGACUGCUACUCAACUCAUGGUUUCUACGUGGGAGAAAUAUUGUUCCAAGAUGCUCGACAUUGAUGCGAUGCCGUCGGUUUCCGAUAUUGCAUAUACUCUUGACUCUCGUCGGACCUCACUAUCGGCAAAGUCGUUUGCAGUUGUUUCAGCUACUUCAGAUAUGCGAGCUCUUGUAAGGCUCGCUUCUACCCCCAUAAAUACUCCAAAACAGAGUCCUCGACUGGCAUUCGUUUUCACUGGUCAAGGUGCCCAGUGGUACGCCAUGGGGAAGGAACUCCUGAUGUACCGGGACUUUUUAGAAAGCAUUCAGGCCGCAGAAUCUAUCCUCGCGGGUAUGGGCUGCUGCUGGUCUUGUCGAGACCAACUUUUGAAAGACGAGAAAGAAUCGAUGAUAGAUCACCCGAGUAUUUCUCAAUGCCUUACUGCAGUCGUCCAGAUGGCGUUAGUUGAUCUCUUAAGGUCAUUUGGCAUUAGCCCUGUUGCUGUUGUUGGUCACUCAAUGGGGGAGAUUGCUGCAGCCUACUGUGCAGAGCUUCUAACACGGGAGUCCGCUCUACGUAUCGCCUAUUACCGUGGAUACUUUACCGCUACAAUUUCUAAGCAAAGCUGCUGCAGAGGAGCUAUGCUAGCUGUGGCCAUGUCUGCUGAAGAAGUAUCCAACUACUUCAAUGAUAUGGGUUCCGAUCAUACUAAUAUAGACCUCCCUCUGGUAGUCAGUUGUAUCAACAGUCCCUGCAGUACAACGGUAUCAGGGGAGGAAUCUGAAAUUGAAAAGCUUAGACGGAUCCUGGAGAACAAAGGUAUUUUCGCACGACGACUACGCGUUCCUGUUGCCUAUCACUCUCCUCAGAUGGAUCUAAUCGUAUCCGAUUGCCUAAAGCACUUUGGGAUCCUUAAAUCACCCCAACCAAAAACCAGCAUCAAGAUGGUCUCGUCAGUCACAGGCUCUAUUUUGACCAGAGAAAGGGCUUGUGAAGGGACCUACUGGACAGCCAAUCUAGUCUCCCCUGUUUUAUUUUCGCAGGCUGUGGAGCGACUAUGCAGAGAUUCCGCUCUGUCGCUUCGUAAGAAGAUUGAUGGUAGCCAUCACGAAGCAAUCGUAGUUGACAAUCUUAUCGAAAUUGGUCCUCACGCAGCUUUGCGUCUUCCUAUUGAAGAAAUCUUUGAGACCCUACCUCGGAGAAAAUCGAUCAAGUAUCUGUCUGCGCUGUAUCGUAAACAAUCCGCUUCGGUUACACUCUUAAGAUUGCUGGGGCAAUUGCAUUGCAGCGGUGUUCCCAUCGAUUUACGGCGCGUAAAUGACCCGGAGCAGCCAUUUCGAAGAUCCCGAAUUUGUCUCGCCGACGCGCCAGAAUAUCCAUUCGACCACUCCACGAGAUAUUGGUGCGAGAGCCCCCUUGUUCGGAACUAUCGUCUUAGAGCACAUGGCCACGUCGAGCUUCUUGGUUCCCCUAGCCGAGAUUGGAAUCCACUAGAACCUCAAUGGCGAUGCUACGUUCAAGUUUCCGAUAUGCCAUGGCUCGUAGACCAUAAGCUGAACGGGAGAGCCGUUUAUCCAGCUUCUGCCAUGAUUGCUAUGGCUAUACAAGGAGUUUCACAGCUUGCGAACCGAUAUCAGAAUAUGAUCAGCUUUACUUUACACAAUGUUCGAUACCAAUCUGCUAUUGCAGUUCCUUCUGAAUCUGACGACUUGGAGACGAGGUUACAGUUAAGGCCUCUUAAAGUCACUUCUGCGACCCGAAGCUCUUGGGGUUUCUCUGUAUAUUCGGUAACUUCUGGUCAUUGGGCUGAGAACUGCUCUGGGGUGAUAGAAGUUCACUACGAAACAGAAUUAUGGACUGAAGAGGAUAGGCAGAAGUCUCACCAUUAUAAGGACCACUUCCAAAAACGAGAUACACAGUGCUGUAAGGUUUUCGAUUCAAUAGAGAUAUACAACAACUUCAUCAAGUACGGGUUCCACUAUGGACCUUCAUUUCAAGGGAUUACGACGGUGAAUCAUGACGGCACUGACACUCUCACGGCAAGGUUAAGUUUGAGUAGCUCUACCGCGGGCAGUUCAUUUGUCAUUCACCCGGGAACGCUUGAUUCCUUUCUUCACCUUGCUUUAGUGUCUUUAAGUGGAGGAGACAAAAUAAUUCCAACUCAGGCCAUAUCUCGCAUCGAUAAAAUCUGGAUCUCGGCAGAAGGAUUUAACUCGCCGCACGAGUCCAUCCAAGCUUCGGCAAAAUUUGAGGGUGAGACAGCAAGGACCAAGCUUUAUUCUGGGUUUGCAUUGUCGGACGAUAAAGAACAUCUAAGGUUGGUAGUCGAAGGGCUUCAAACUACUGUUAUCGCUUCCGAUGAAAGACCCGAAGAAAUUGCUGGCCACGACCAAUUUUGGUGUAGUGUCCAGACAGCUGUGGAUGUCGAUGCCUUGUCAGGUACAAGGAUUUUGCAACGACUAGAGUCAAUUUGCGGACCUGACUCUCUUGGGCCGGGCGAUUUCUUUAGUGAUCUCAGACGCUACCUAUACUUUAUGGUCAAAGAGCUCCGUAGGAGUGUGACCAUGAUGGGCACUGAUCCUACGAAACCAUACCUGAAAAGAUAUGUGAAGUGGAUGGAUUGGCAGUUAAGCACAACAAUUGAUGAUUCAUCUAUAACGGAUGAUGGCUCACUCCGAAUUCGAGUUGCGAAGCAUGGGUUCCUUGGAAGCUUCAUCCUCAAAGUUGCUGAUAAUGCCCUAAACGUCUUACAAGGAAAAUCCGAUAUGGUACAGCUAUUUUUUGAGGAUAAUCUCGUAGGAAGAUUCUAUGAAGAGCUAUUGGCGAGCUCUAUAUGCUACCAGAAACUUCAAAUCUACUUGGCAGACCUUUCUUUCAAAUAUCCCAGCCUGGACUUUCUUGAAGUUGGCGCUGGUACAGGUUCUUUUACUGAACAUAUACUCAAAGGAGUUUCGUCGAGUACCGAGUCUCCUGUAGAGAGAUUCAAUAGCUACUACUAUACAGACAUCUCCUCUACAUUUUUUGAGAGUGCUCGAGAACGAUUUCAAGCCUAUUCUCGGAAAUUGAAAUUCGCUAUCCUCAAUGUUGAACAAGAUCCCCUGAGCCAAGGAUUCAAGGAGAAUACGUUCGAUGUCAUUUCGGCAUCUAAUAUUCUUCAUAUCACGGACAAUCUUGAUCGUACACUUCAAGGACUAAGAAAAUUGUUAAAACCGGGGGGCAAGUUCUUUCUUCACGAGUACAUACACCCAGAACGAAUUGACGCCGGGUUUAUCUUUGGCUUGCUGCCGGGAUGGUGGCCAGAAACAGACGAAACCCGUACAAUGAGCCCCCUUCUAAAUGAGGAAUCCUGGAACAUUUUACUGCGCCGAAAUGGCUUUUCAGGUGCAGACUUCAUCCUUCGCGACUAUGCUGAUGAGGAAUCUCAUUUGAUGAGCAUCAUUUGUGCGACAGCAACAGAGCCUAGAGAUGCUGUACUUCCAGACAUAGCCAUUGCGGUCGAACCUGGCUCAAGUGUCCAAGAAGACAUGGCGAUCGUUUUAGCCUCGAAACUUUCCGCCGAAGGCUUUCGCGUGAUCCGCAUGGAUUUAUCAAAAACUCAGGAAGACAUUUCUUCUCUUGGAAGCGUUAUCACGCUGUUCGAUCUAGAAGAGGCCAUUCUCUCCCGAUUAGAUGAAGAUAACUUCGAAUCGCUCAAGUCACUUUUGUUAAGGGCUUCGAGGAUUCUUUGGGUUUCCAAGGCGGAUACAUUUCCCCCAACCCCAAGCCACGGGAUGAUAGAAGGCUUCGCAAGGGUCUUCCGGAUAGAAAACAUCAACUGCAAGCUGGCUACCCUGGCCCUAGAGACGAGUUCUAAUUCACAAAUAGAAGAUUGUGAUCAUAUUCUCUUCGCUUUAAAAAAUAUUAUGAAGACCCAAGGCUUGGAGCAACCCGAGGAUUAUAUCGUUGUAGAUGGUUUUCUGAAACUGAGCCGAAUAUACGAGAACAUAGAGUUCAAAAAAGGAAUCUCAAGGAACCUUCUAAGAGAAAGACUGGUCACCGAGAGUGUAAAAGACGCGAGGCCUUUUACAGUCACAUUCUACGACUCAGAAAACAUCCCGAAACCGCAAAUUACGGAAGAUAACUCUACCUUCUCACCUAUCGGCCCCGAGGAAGUCGAAAUCGAAAUUAAAGCUAUUGGCCUCGGUCCGAUUGAUUUUUCAAUCCUUUCAGGCAAGACUUCCAACAUUAAUGUUGGUCGAGAAUGCGCUGGCAUCGUGACCAAGGUCGGCGCCAACUGCGAUAUCGCUGUAGGAGAUCGCGUAUGUGCUUACGGUACCGAUCUACUUCGCUCCACGAGCCGAGCCAAGCGAAAUCUUGUAGCUAAGAUACCGGAAUCUCUGUCCUUCGAAGAAGCUUCUACGUUGCCGCAGGACUCCUGUAUUGCCAAUUAUAUUGUACGAGAAGCUAGAAUCCAGCGUGAUGACCUAGUAAUCGUACGAGGUGGUGAUACGAGACUUGGAAGGGCAACACUAGAUGUAUUAAAAAAGUACGGUCCAAAGCUAUGCGCAACCAUUUCGACGCCAGGUGAUGAACCCCUUUUCAGCGGCGUUCAAAAGCUCACAGAAAGCUGCUUUACCGAAUCGUUUAGAUCGUGUUUUUCGAAGAAAGCUAGCGUUGUACUGGACUUCUUGAGCACCGAUAUGCUACAGCUGACAGAAUGUGUGUCAAAGUUCGGCCAGAUUUUGAGCAUCAGGGAAGUCCCAGAUGAUAGUCCGGUUCCAAUGAGUUUCUUCGAGCUACCAGCCACUGUCGGUUUUCGAAUAUUGGAUGUAGUUGCAGUAUUACAACAUCAACUUGAUCGAUUGGAAAUGCCCUUUUCUGAAGUCAAUGAACCGACUUCGAUCCAACCUUUCCACGUAAAGACAAUUGACCUCUCUGUUAUUGAAACGGUUUCUUCCCAUAUAAGAGGUCUUGAUCGUGAAGAACGGAUUGUCAUCAAGUAUGAUGACGAAAGCCAAAUACAGAUUCACCGACAAUCUGUAAAGGGUGAUCUAUUCGAUCCAUCUGCCAGUUACGUGAUCUCCGGCGGUCUAGGAGAUCUUGGAAGAUGCAUAGCUGAGUGGAUGGUGAGUCGCGGUGCUCGUAAUCUCAUUCUCUUAUCACGCUCCGGCCCACGCAACAAGGCAGCCAGUACAACAAUUCAACACCUAGAGCAGUCGGGUGCUAGAGUUUACACACCAGCAUGUGAUAUUUCAGACCAUUCAUCACUUCAAAGGGUCCUGCAACAACUUCAAGAUAUACCUGCAAUCAAAGGAUGUGUCCAAGCUGCGGGUGUUCUCAAGGAUAUUAUGUAUGAGAAGAUGAGUUUUGAAGAUUGGAAAGUUGCAAUUGAUCCCAAAGUUCGCGGCUCUUGGAACCUGCACGAUCUUCUUCCGAAGGGGAUGGAUUUCUUCAUUUUGACGUCUUCAAUCACCGGAAUCAUGGGUCAACCAACACAGAUCAAUUACUCGUCAGGAAAUACUUACCAAGAUGCCUUGGCGAGAUACCGCCUUUCGCUUGGUGAAAAGGCUGUCUCUCUAGAUCUUGGCCUCCUUUCCACCGGUGGAAUGCUAUCUCAAAACAAAGGUCUAGCCGAAAGAUUUGCUGCAGAGAAUGUCUACACAGUGCUGUCUGAAUCAGACAUAUUGGCUCUGUUUGAUCAUUUCUGUGAUCCUAACCUUGGUUUAGACCAAAUCCCGGCACAAAUAGUUUCAGGAAUCAUCAACCCAUCCUUGCAAGAUAGGCGAAGUUCCAGCUUUCCCCUGGCAUUCCAUCAUCCCUUCUGGAGCCACACUCUUGUUCAGAGUGGUAAUGGCCAAGAAUCAGGAGAGAGUCCGGACGCCACCGUCAGCGUAGGUCGUGCAUUGGUUUCCGCGAGUUCCGUUGCAGAAAUGGGCGGAAUCGUAGCCGGCGCACUUGCGGACCAUAUCUGCAGUCUAGUCAGAACUCCCCGAGAAAACAUCGACUUAGAAGACCCACUGCGUAUGGCUGGGGCUGACUCUUUGAGUGCGGUAUACCUUCGCAAUUGGAUUAAGAAGGAAUUUGCGGUGGAUGUCGCAGUUUUUGACAUUCUAGGAGAUAUGUCGAUCAUUACACUCGGAAAUUCCAUUGCUAGUGAAUGGCAAGCAGCUAGAGUUGUAAGUUAAACUAGAUGUUUAGAGCCUCGAUCACUGUAUCUUUAGAAUAGAGUAUGGCGCCAGAUUCGCUCAUUUGGUAUAUUGCU